ACAAAUCGAGCAGACGACACCUUGCGAAACCGGUUUAAAAGCAUGUUUUCUUCUAUUUAUAGCUACACUGAAAACGCAUGUUUUCUUUCAUCAGUAGGGUGUGUGGUGGAUUUCUACACCCGACAACAUGAACGCAGUCGAACUGAGUUUGUGAGACAGGCUUCAUGCUUACCUGACUGCAUCUACGUAACAUUCAAGAAAUGGACUGGAGGUGGCUUCUGAUAUUGCUGUUUAUUCUGCUCAAAAGCAGCAUCAAAGGUGUUUAUGGACUGGAAAAUCCUGUUUUCACAAAUACAACUGCUGUAACACAGAGACUGCGAGAAGACUUACCACUUGGCACGUCUAUUGGAAGAGUCUCUGCAUAUGAUCCAGACGGUACAUCAGUAACAUACAGUUUGGAAAGCCAGGCUCGUAAUUAUCUGGAGAUUGAUCCCAACACUGGUGACAUUAAAAUCAAAGUCAGGCUUGAUGCUGAAUUGUCUACGAGUCUACCAGUUGUUGUCGUAGCUACGGAUGGAAAUGGAGGCAUAACAAGAUUUGUGGGAAACUAUGAUAUACUGGAUGCAAAUGACAAUCCACCUUACUUCACUGAAAGUGUCUACAACUUUCAAUUGAGAGAGACCACUGCGGUUGGAUUCGUGAUUGCUAACGUGUCUGUAAAAGAUCUGGAUACUGCUAACCAGGCAAACUACCUCAACGUUACGUGUGACAGAUCCAGCCAGAGAUUUUCCAGAGCCUGCGAUGUGUUUAGAGUGGUUCCUGUUCAGUACAGUAACAAAGACUGGAAUGGAAGGAUUUUGCUGAGCCAGUCACUUGACUUUGAGACUGAAAGAAGCUACUCUCUUCGUCUUAACGCAUUUGAUGGAUUUUACACUACAGUGCAAGAUAUGCAAAUUAUAGUAUCUGAUGUCAAUGAUUCUCCACCAUACUUUGUUUAUGCCCCAAGUACAACUUUGCCUGAAAAUCAGCCAGCGGGAACAUACAUAAAUUAUGUCUCGGCUGUGGACACAGAUGAGGUGGACAAGAGGCCAAUUCGCUAUGAACUCUAUGGAAAUGAAGAGGCUUUGCGGUAUUUUAAAAUAGAUAAUGUGUCAGGGAACAUAACAAGCAUCAAAUUCUUAGACUAUGAGGAUCCUUCCAGAAAUCCUGGAGAUAAUUUUAUCCUUCAGAUACGUGCAAGGGAACUGCUGAGCAGCAAUCCCAGUAUACUGGGUAAUGACACUUUGACAACUGCAACAGCUGAAGUGACAGUGAGACUGCAAGAUAUGAAUGACAAUUGUCCUACUUUCAGUUCAUCAGUAUACAAUGUUGAAGUACAAGAAAACUAUCUUCAGGGCACUAAUAUCCCUCUGCAAAUGACAGUUACAGAUGCUGAUUCUGGUUCCCGUAAUUCCUUUGACCUGGAAUUGCUAGAUUACACUACAACAUUUGCGGUUGUUCCAAAUCGUGGAGCAGCUCAAGCUAGUGUCACCCUUACUGUGAUUGAUUCCAAACAGCUUGAUUAUGAAACACCACCUACAAAUUUCAUUGUUAGGGUUUUAGCCAAGGAAAAUCAGGUACCAGCUCAAGAAAGAUGCUCAAGCACAGCCACUAUCAGUGUGACAAUUACUGAUGUAAAUGAUGAAACUCCUUCAUUUGAGAAAACAAAUUAUGAAGCAUUUGUCUAUGAAAAUGCCACUGGUGGGACUACCAUCAUCCAAGUGAAGGCAUCAGACCGUGAAACAGGAGACUUUGGAACAGCUGGAAUUCGAUACAGAUUACUAUCUCCUGGAAAUCUUUUCACUAUAGAUCAGAUGACUGGUGUUGUUUCGGUGAGUGAUUGUGCACAGCCUGGAAAAAACCCUUGUUUAGAUUAUGAAUUUAGGAACCGGUACGACCUGACAGUAGUUGCCACGGACAACAGAGGCACAGGACUUUCCAGACCAGCUGCAUUGGUGAUUAAUGUGCUCAAUGUCAAUGACAAUCCGCCCAGGUUCUCUCUUGCUUCCAUCACUCGCUCCAUUGAUGAGUUAAAGGUUGUCACUAAUGAUCCCCUCAUUCUUCAGGCUACUGAUCUGGACAAUGACACAGUAAGGUACUCCAUCCUUUACACCACUCGUGAUGCUCGUCAGUGGACUGUGAAUGCUGUCACUGGAAAUGUAACUGCAACCAGUCCUGUCUACUACACCAAUACUAGUGACCCCAACUAUGGAUAUUACAGAUUUACAGCAAUCGCAUCAGAUGGCAAGUAUGAAACACCAGUGGAUAUUACAAUCAAAGUCAUUGAUAUCAAUGACAACACACCAUUUUUCCUGCCAAGCAAUUACAGGAUUUCUAUUCCAGAGAAUUACCCUCAAGACAAGUCAAUCCUUCAGGUAUCUGUGACUGACCUAGAUGCCCCAACAACUGGCAAUGGACAGUUGGAUGUUUCCAUUGAAGAUGGUAGUUUUGGAAAGUUUUACCUAAACCCAGCAGGAAGCACGAAUAAUCGUUUUAUUCUUACCGACAUAAUAACUUCCCCAGAUGCAACCUUUGAUUACGACAAGCAGAAUCAAUAUAUACUGAUUAUUUACGCACGUGACCGAGGCAGCCCACCAAGAACGGGGACUUGCACUGUUACAGUUAAUAUUCUGGACAUAAAUAACAAAAACCCGUAUUUUGACCCUCCAACAGUCUCUGUGACAGUGUCUGAAAAUGAACCUAUUGGCUAUACUGUAACACAAGUGAACGCCUAUGACAGCGAUGCGACAUCAUCUCUUCACAUUCAAUUUAAAGAUCCUAUUCGAGCUUUCAACCCUUCAGGAGCAGAAGUCGAUGUUAACAACUACAACUUCACAGAUCUUUUCCGAAUAAACAAUGAUGGCUAUGUUCAGGUCAACCGCAAACUCGAUCGCGAUAAUGUAAGCUUUAUAUCCUACACACUGUUUGUGGAGGAUGCAAAUGCUGCCACUAAACAGACAGGAGAAGGUGCCCUUUUCAUCCGUAUUUUGGAGUACAAUGAUGAGCCACCUUAUUUUGAGUUCCCAUCCUACAAUUUGACCAUGUUUGAGGAACAGCCCAUUGGCUCCUUUGUCAUCUCUCUGUUGGCUUUGGAUGCAAAUAAUGCUAUUGCCAGUUAUCAGCUUCUGUCCAAUCCAGGCAACCUUUUUGCCAUCAGUGCAGUGUCAGGAGCCCUAAGAGUGAAUCAACGUAUAGACUAUGAACAAGUUCACAAUGUAACGCUCAUUGCACAGGCAUUUGAUACUGGAAGUCCUCAGCUCCAGAACACAGCAGUUGUUUACAUCAAAAUCAUUAACAUCAAUGACAAUACACCAGUUUUUAGCCCAUCUGUUUACAGCCAGAGUGUACGAGAGAACACUCAGCCUACCAAUCCCCUGUUUGUUGUCACUGCUACAGACAAUGAUCAGGAAGACUAUGGUAUCGUGAGGUACAGUUUUCCAUCCCAGGAAAUGUACCUGGAAGUUGAUAAUAUAACUGGUGUUGUACGGAUGAAACCAAAUGUUUACUUUGAUCGGGAAAAGCAGUCAACGUAUUCCACUCAGAUUAUUGCUUAUGACAGUCCUUUAGAUCCCACUGUGCGUCUAGAAUCCUCAGCACCUGUGAUUCUUACGAUUUUAGAUGUCAAUGAUCACUGCCCUGUGUUCAACCAGCCAAAUGGGUAUCAAGCUAUUGCCUUUGAAACCGCAGAUAUUGGAGACCAAGUAGUCGAGGUUUUUGCUACAGAUGGUGAUGAUCCCCAGUCAAAUAAUUCAAAAAUCAAAUACUCCAUUGAUCCCAGCACACCCAGUGAACUAUUUGUGAUGCCAGAAAACACAAGACGCAUCGAGAUUAAAACUAGCAUUCGAGGCCGAAGUGGAACUUACAAUCUUACUGUUGUAGCUGAAGAUAAAAUGGGAAUUAAUGAUUCUUUGGAUACAGUGUGUUCUUCCAAAGUGCCUGUCCAAAUAAGAGUGGACAGAUCCCUUAAUGAUGCGCCACAAUGGCUCAUUCCACCCACCAAGAACUUUUCCAUUGAUGUGCUGGAGAGUCAGUACCUUGGUAUGCUGGUGUACAAGUGCAAAGCUGCAGAUCCAAAUCCUCAGGAUGCUGGAAUUCUUGAUUACUUCUUCCUCAUUAAAGAUCAACUUGUCUCAGCAACCAAUGAAUUCCGCAUCAACAGAGUCACAUGUGUCAUACGAGCAGAAGUUGUAUUUGAUCGCGAAGCUGUCAGUUCUUAUGUGUUGACGAUUGUGGCAAGAGACAGAGGUACACCCCCAGCAUCGUCAGAGACCACAAUCAUUGUUAAUGUUCUGGAUGUAAAUGACAAUAAUCCUGUAUUUCCAACAAGGAAUGGAGCAACUAUACCAUACGACUUCUAUGUGCCAGAGAACAGCCCAAGUAAUACAUUGUUGGGGAGACUUUCAGCCACAGAUUUAGACACUGAUAAUAAAAAUAACAAGAUAUUUUACAGCAUCAUAGCGGGCAAUGAAGAUGGCAUAUUUCGGCUCAAUCCUGAAACUGGAGACAUGUACUUGGCUAAAACAGUAGAUCGUGAACAGAAGAGUGUGUAUUCCAUGGAAGUACAGGCUUCCAAUAAUGUAAAUGAUGACCAAGUCAUACGCUAUCGACGCUCAACAAACCCUUCGAUAGUAACAGUCACUGUCCAGGUGCAGGAUACCAAUGACACACCUCCAAAGUUCUUGCAACAGACCUAUUCAGCAUGUGUGCCCUCCGAUGCCCCAUUUGGCUACAGCAUUGUUCAAGUGCAGGCAGAUGAUCAGGAUCUGAUAGGGGGCCAGACCAUGCAGUAUAGCAUAGUAGAUGAUGGGAGCAAAGGUUACUUCAGCAUAGAUUCUACAACAGGAAUUCUGCGCAAUGCAAGGCUGCUGUAUGACAUCCCAAGUGCUGUGAACAUCAUUCAAGUCAAGGCCACCAAUGAUGACUCUGUAAAAGAAAACAGCGCAGUCACUGCGGUGAAUGUCUUCGUUACCACUAGCAGUAAUGAAGUAAUACUGCAAAUUUCUCAACCAUCAGCAAUUGUAAGGGCUUACAAAGAUCAACUGAUCAAACUUAUGCAAAACUCAUCAGCUACUGGAGCCAACAGCCUUAAAUCUGCUUGCAUUAAAGACAUCCAUGACGCUACAAAUGCUGAUGGAACCAUUUCAUACAGAUCAACGGAUGUGGUGUUGUCAGCAGUGGGUCCUAAUAACCGUUUGUAUACCUCUGAUGAACUGCUAGCCAUUUUGAGGGGACAGCUAGCAUCGGAGAGUACUAGUCGUUCAUACCGCACACUCUAUGUCACUGAUGCCAAGAUUGAGACUCAGCAUGAUGAAUCCAUCUUCAAUGAGGACCCUGUGUUAGCCAUUUUCAUCAUCGCUAUUCUGCUCAUCUUCCUUGCAAUAAUUUUAUUCAUUAUUGCCUGCUGUCUUGUGCGAAAUUCGAAAAAGAGGAAGAUGAAGAAAAUGUCUGCAGUCCAAUAUACUGAAAGGAAAACAGUUCCACAGUCCCCAGAAGUGGUGCUCAGUGUCAAUCCAGUUUAUGACAACAGAACAUUCAAGCCAGAUGAAGAGCCACACCGACCAGUUCAGAAGGUGCCCUCACAUCCAGUCAUGUCACCCGUGGAGCCAGAUUCUGACAAUGUUUAUGCUGUUGUGCAGAAGAAAUCUCAUAGUACCCCUCCUCCAAUGGUUGUUCCUGCACCUGAUGUGUACUUUCCUGAACCUCAGCCUACUGAACCAGAACCAGUGAUUGUAACAGAACCAGAGCCAGUGAUUGUGACAGAACCUAUCAUGGAUGAUGAGCCUGUGAGGUAUAUACCACCUGCCCAUUUCCAUGAACCUGAGUUUGAGCCUGAACCAGUCAUUGAGACUGAGAUCAUGCCAGAAGAAAAAAUUCGACCGAACGCCAUCUUCUUCCCAGACGACGAAAUCGAUGUAGAGAUCCAAGACAUCGACGACCACCGCCUAGAACACUCUCCUCCGAGUAGCCCGUCGACAUCUGACCCUGGCUCCGAGUCUUCCAGCCCCCCUCUCAGCUUUCGGACGUUCGACAUCGAGUAGGUGAAGCACUACUCACAUCUUGAGAUGACGGCCAUCGAGUAUCCCAACCGCUGCUCCUGUCGGUCCUGAACACCGGCGGACUUUUCCCUUUUGUCACACUGGCUUUAGUAUGUCCGCGGAACAAUUCACAAGGAUUCGUUGUUUAACAGAGAGAGUUGAAAAAUAUGUCUAAAGGGACUAAAAUCAACAGUGCAACUAUUUUCACUACAGCCAUUCAUCGUACAUAACACUAUAACCGUAACAUUAUUACAAUUCAUAUAGAGACUAUUAACCACUCUUUUGUAGGAACCUUCAUUACAGGUUAAAGGACAGCUUAUAUGCUUUUGUUUCUCAGAAUUUUAGAUUUUUUGCGCAAGGUUUUUUCCCCCAUUUUAUUUCGGGCUAUUUUUUCAAAUGUUUAUGAUCAAAAACGUCGACAUUGUUUUGGAGAGAAAGAGAAAUAAGUGCGAGCAAAUGCAAACAUCCUGGUUCACCGUCAGCAGCUGAUGUAUUUAAUUCAUUAUUUUGUUAAAAUUGUUGUCAUUUCUUUUAUCGAGGAAUAGCUGUGCAGAAAAGGAGCUUAGGCACAGGUCAUUAUUGUAAUUUUUUUACAAAACUUUUUUAUUAUAAAACUGUUGAGAAAGAUGCAUGGAAGAAUAUUGUUGAUGCAGUCCAUGAAUCGUAUUUUUCUAUCCUUUUUUUACAGAAGUUGUAAAAAAUAAAAGUUCUGUGAUGACAAAA